CUUCUUCUCCUUCCAGCGUCCCCGUCGGUUUUGUCUUCAACAUUCCACGCCGCCGUGACAGCCUUGUGCACCACCCCCUUCGUUUCGUCGCCAGACAUCCACUCGUUCCUCAAAACAUCGGCCCUCGAGCGCUAGAUCACCAACACAUUUCUCGAUCGCCAGAUCCGUACCAACCAUCCACCAUGUUUGUCAAGUCGAUUCUUGUUGGCGCCUUCGCCGCCCUCGCCGCUGCGCAGUCCGCUGCCAUCAGCUUCACCAACCCUCUGCCGCAAGCUGUGGCCGGUCAAUCUGUCGAGCUCACCUGGCAAACCGACGAUUCUACCACUCCAGUGACCAUUCUCCUGCGCGAGGGCGAUGCAAACGACCUCAAGACCGUCAGCACUCUGACCAGCACUGGUACUGGCGGCAAGUUCACAUGGAACGUGGAUAGCUCACUUGAGGAUGACGACGACUACGCCCUCCAAAUCACUCAGGGAAGCAACACCAACUACUUGGGCCCAUUCUCCAUCUCUGGCGGCAGUGGCACUGGCAGCUCGUCUUCCUCUUCUGCUGAGACUCCAGCUGGCUACUCGACCAUCUCUGCUCCUGCCAACAGCACCACCUCGCACACCAUCACCGCUGUGCCACCAUACGCUACCGGCAACGUCACUAUCCCACGCAAUACCACCUUGAGCUCUGCCACUCUCACCCGCACCGCCACCACACCAGGCAACACCAACGAUGCCGGCUUCCAGGGCUCUCAGACUGGCUCCACCGGCGCACAGUCCACUGGUGGCGCUUCAUCUCUGCUUACUGGCGGUAGCGCAGUCGCACUUGUCUUCGGUGCCGUUGCAGCCAUCAUGGUCUAAUUUACCCAAAGCGAAGAAUGGCUUCAAAGCCACUCUCAGUAAUGUGUCAUGGUCGGCGUUCUGCAUUCUGGGUUCAAAGAGGCUUAUACGAACUCUCACACGAUACUUGUCCAAAAAUUCAAUUAAUCGAGCCAAUUAAUGUUUCCGUUCCACAGCAUUAAAGAUGUUCACGCUACACACUCGCGUUCCAUUCCACGAGCACAGGGGGUCGCAAGCUCACGUCAUAGCACCCCUUCACCAUUUCCUCCCUUUCAGUGUUAUUUGAUUUGCCAAUAGUUGACCGUAGAUGGUCCCAUAGCCGUGUAAUCGAUCCCACGCAGCAUGAGAAAUGU